GGCCUCGGACAGUCAUUCGCCCGCCUCUUGCUUGCCCGCACCGACAACCCUGUGAUCGCGCUCACGCAUUCUUCACUGGACCAAGUCAAGCACGCCCUGCUCUUGCGACAAGAAGGGGCAGAAAGCAAGCUCACGGUGCUGGAAGCAGAUAUCACGAAAGAAGUGGAGCUCAAACGGGCGGCAGAGUGGGUAAAAGAAAGGUAUGGACGUAAAAUGGGCAUGUUGUGCAAUUUCGCUGGCGUGCUGUACCCGGAGAAGAACAUCGCUUCGAUGGAGCUGGAUAAGUUGCAGCGCACAUACGAGAUCAAUACUUUCGGCCAUGCGCUCAUGUUCAAACACUUCCUGCCGCUUGUGCCAAGGGCAUCGAGGCAGGAACGCGAGGAGGCGGAGGGCCCGGGAGAGCAGGGGAGGAGUGUGCUUGUUAGUCUGAGUGCUAAAGUGGGGAGCAUCGAGGAUAACAGGACUGGCGGGUGGUACUCGUAUCGGUCGUCGAAAGCGGCGACGAACCAGCUAGUUCGCACGGUGGCUCGUGAAGUGGAGAUGCGGAAUGUGUGGGCAACAGUCAUUGCUUAUCAUCCAGGCACUGUGAGGACCGGACUCGCGGCUGAGUUUGUACAGGGCAAGUCGGGGAAAGGUAUUCAUGAUGCAGAAAAGGUAUGUGAUACAAGUCGACGGGAUACGUACUUCCUCUCACCAAAAAAAAUUCUAGGCCGCUGA